GGUGCUUCGUAAAAUUUGGUCCGAGGCGUCAAAUCGCGGGAGCCGGGUUCUGUACUUCAGAGCUACUCUCUUCGCCGCUCCGUCUUCACUCCGUACGUUCGGAGUUCCGGAGAAGAAGACAUGUCGACGAGGGAGAACAAGAAGCGACGCAACGAGGAGGCCGCCGGCGGCAGCUCCGACGGGGCGCCACCACCGAAGAAGGCUAAGCUGGAAACCGGCGACAUCGUCAUCUGCGAGUUGUCGCAAAAUCGGAGGGUCGCCGUGCGAAGAUGGAAGGGGAAGCUCCUAGUGGACUUCAGAGAGUUCUACGUCAAGGACGGGAAGCAGCUCCCUGGAAAGAAAGGUAUCACACUCACUGUUGAUCAGUGGAAAAUACUUCAUGACCAUAUUGAUGAUAUCGACAAGGCACUGACUGAGAAAGCAUAGCUUCAAGUCUGACUUGAAAGCUGCAGCAGAGGUGGUUGGUGGCAUUUUGAUCUUUUUUGUGGAGGUUUUGGUUGUCUUCUUUACUGUGGUUGUAAAUGUUGGUGAUGCUACAUUUUGUCUUCUAGUAUGGAGAGGACGAUGUCCCUGUUCACAAUUUGAAAGUAUGGAUGCUAAAUGGGACUACGCUGACAUCUAGCAGAAACUUUUGAAACAACUGGGAAAAAAAAAACAUUGUGCCUGAAACUUUCUUUCAAAUGAGGUCAUUUUCUAUCCA